CCCGCCUCGCGCCACGGCACGUCGCGAGCGCGCCCUUCGGACACCCGUCCCCGUCCCUCCCCCUCCCCGCGGGAAGCGCCACCUCACCCAACCCCUGUUCCCGCCCUGUCAGCGCGCGAGCUGUCAGUUGAGGGCGGGCGGGUGGUGUGUCCCCGACGUCAUAUGGGCCGCCUGCCUCCCAUUGGCUGGAGCGGCCUCACCAGACUGAAAUGUUGUUCUCGGGGCUACCCAGGAAAGCUCCCUGUCGGCUUCCCCCCGCCCCUUCGGCCGCCGCCGCCGCCGCCGAUACAGUCGUCAGCGCCGCGGCGCCCCCUCCCGCGGAGAGAGGCGAGGGAGGGCUCUGGCGCGGCCGGCCCUGCGGCUGCGGGUAGGUCGGCUGCGAGUAACGUGACUUCGGGGCUCGCCGCUUUAUAAGCCUUUCAGCCAGGCGCUGGUGGCGCGCGAGCGGGGAGAAGGGAGGGACCUGUGCGGCUGAGGGAGACGGAGCCUGGCUGAGCAGGUAGGCAGGCGGGCAGGAGCGAGGGAAAGGGGCGGCGGCGAGGGGGGGCUGCCACCCCCGCCUGCCCGCUUCAUGGAGGCGGCUGCGGGUGCCUUGAGGACCGUAAGUCCCAGGCACGAAGCCUCCCUAUACAGGGGGAGUCUAUCUCCGGGCGGUAGGUGCUGACGGGGCCGGGCAACCAAUGGGGGGGAGGUUAUGGCGGGGAUGGGGGAAGGAGAGAAAUGGCUGCGGCCUUCGUCCCUCCUUGGUGGUCUUCUCACCGGGGAGCGCGGGUGGCGGCGUUGGGGAUCAAAGCUGGGCUGCUUUGCUCCUCCAGCCCCUUUGCUGCGUUUUCGCCGCUGCCCCUGCAGGGGGAGGGAUGCCCAACAAGUAGGAGACGCGAGCACGCAGCCCUAUCUCUCGCCCCCUCCCGUAUUUGUUCUCUGUGCCUUGCACAAAAAGAAAGAAAGGCGCCCUUUUGCAGUAAAAUAAUCGGCGGUCAUCUAGCCUGGGGCCGCUGCUGGAGGGAGAAGGAAGGUGGAAAAAGCUCCCCUCGUUUUGAUCCCGUCUAGGCGGAUCCUCGAAGCAGCAGUGAGCCCCAGACGUAGCUGUGUGGAAGAUAAAAGCUUGCCAGCACCUUCCCCACCUUGGUUGGUUGCAACAGGCAUAUCCUGCGAAGGUGUUAUGCAUCUGUAGAAGCCGGGGAAAGGCUAGGCAGGGUGGGUUUUGUGGUACUCGCACACACAAAUCAUCACAUAAGCAGCAAACUUGGCAAAAGGCCUGGGAUGGCCACGUGUCAUGUAUGAUUUAGUUGAGAUUCCUGCAUUGCAGAAGAUUGGAUUAGAUGACCCUCAGGGUCUCUUCCAGCUCUACAAUUCUAUGAUUCUGUUCUUUGUCUGUUUCCUUGGAAGCAGCUGUCACGGACUUCAGUGGGUCUUUUAAGUAUGCAUGCAUAGGAUUGUAAUUUUUAGAGAUGGAAGGUAUGUGUGAAUCUCCAGCACUUGGGAAUUUUGACCCUGUUGUCAUUAUUUUACAGGUGAAGAUCUAAGCGUUCUCCAAAAAGAAUGGGUAGCGGGUACUUAAGUCCUCCCCAAGUGUUUUCAAUAAAUGGGGAUGGAAGAUCUAAAUAGAUACUUGAAAAACCUAACACAAGGGUAGAGGAUGGAGCAUAGAGCAACUAUCAGUUGCUCCUGAUAGGCAUUCAAUACUCCUAGCUUUCUGAAAGGCUAGUUUCUCUCUGGUGAAAUAUUCCCAGGAAUGAAAGCAGUCUAGGAAUGCUUGCACUUUUGGUUUGGGUUGCACCCAGCUCUCAUAUGUGGGAAAGAGAAUUGUCAGGCUAUUGAUUCUAGAGAAAAAUUGGACCUGUUGCCCUCCAGCAGUAGGAGAUCCCUGGAAGCAGUACAAUUCAAGUAAUCCCUCCCAGGGCAGGGGACUGUAGCAGAAAUAACGUUAGCUUCAGGUGGAUAAAGAUUAAUAUCCAGUUGAUAAAACUUUUCACUAAAAUAAUUUCCAGGGGCAGGCAUGUUAGUCAGCUGCAGCAACAACAGCAGUCUUUUGACAUCUUAAAGACUAACAUAUUUUAUAAUAAAACUUUAGUCUUUAAGGUGUAGCAAAACUGCUUUCUUUUAAAAGAAGGCAGUAUUGGAAGCCGCUGCCCAAACACCAAAAGGAAGAUCCUAGCAAGUUCCAAUAGGCACAUCUUAAAAGCAGUAUAGGUAGUCUGUUAAAGGUUUUCCCAGAUCAGGGCAUUGUCUUCAUAUUGUGUCUAUACAAAUAACAAGGGCUGCUUGUAGCUUUGUAUAAAUUGCUAUGCAAGCAAUAGGUUUUUAUAAAGCAAAAUGUGUUAUUUUGAUCAUCUAGCAUGUCUAGUUCUACAACAUCAGAAUGGAUUCUGGAUCAUGUAUGUAAUGAAUGCUCUUUUGAGGCACUUCAAAGUUUUCUCUCUUCUGAAUUGGAAGGGCCAACUCACUGGGGAUGUUAGUAAUCAGCUGGAGGGGGGAAAUGAAAUUGUGAACUCUUUAGCUAUUAGACCAAGCCAUUGAAAAUCUGUAUUAUAAGCAUUGAUUAACUGUCCCAGGUCACUGAUACUAGGACAGCUUGGUGUUACUCUCUUAAUAUGUAUAAGAAUCUAAAGGAUCCAGUAUUUUUGUCACUAUAUAAGCAUCACUGUUUGUAUGGCAAUUGACAACUUCAUGUGCAAUGUCUGAAAACAUGCUAUUAUAUGCUUGUUUAUAAUUUUGUCAUGGUGUAGGGGCAUGUUUAAAGCUCUAGGUAGAUAUUCCUACCCUUCCUUUUAAGAAGCUGAAGGUAGUGCACAUGGUCCCCUGUCCCAUUCUCAUUUUAUCAUUGAAACAGCCUUAUGUGAUAGGUUGGACUGUGAGAGGGUGACUGGCCUAAGGUCACACUUUGAGCUUCAUGGCUGAGUGGGGAUUUGAACCUGUUUUUCCUCAGUCUGGUCAAGCGCUCCAGCCAUUACAUAUACUGUCGCUUAGAUUGUUUUGUAAUAGUAAUGGCAAGUGAUAUAGCAUUUUCGGUGUUCAGAAUGACAGUUGCAUACAUUAUGAGAACAAUCCUUACAACAAUCCUGCAUGGUAAACAAGCAUUAUCCCAACAUCAUGGGAUGAGAAUUGAGAGUUCUUUCCUUAAGGUCACUUUGUGAAUCAUGACUGAGAUAUCACUUAAAUGAAUGACCUCCUAGGUUGCAACUCAUUCUCUUAGCUACUAUGCUAUAUUAACUACAGUGUAUCCUAUCCAUCAGUGGAGUAUUACCCAUAUUCAAAAAUUGUCUUGGGCUUCCACACCUCACAUGGAAGUGAACUCUUUAACUAUUCUCUAGUGUCCAAAGCAAGGCUAUAGAAUAUUCUUACUUCCUGAAGUACUGAAGCUGACCAUAGGAUUGUUGGGUUUUCUUCAUAUGUUUUUCUGACCCUGACUUCUCAUUUGUAAAGAAAAUUCCUAUAUCUCAUGGUAGACAAGUACAACCCAUUAGUAGUUACACGGAUAAAGCACAUGGCAUACUUGAUGGCUGGCUUUGCAGCCUAAUGUUGGCACUAAUAACUUCUUGAUGCCCCUUUCAGAAAUCUCAUGGAGAAGCCUGUGUCCAGAACAGAAGAUCAUACCUGGAGUUGUUCCUGUACUGCCAGGAGAAGGCAGAGAACCCCCUUAGGUGGAAGUGCCACAGGGCUGGCAGCCAAAGUGGGCGAAAUGUUGAGCUCGUCUGUCUCGAGUUCUCCUCUAAAACUAGUGAGUCACAGCAUGCGGAACCCAAGCAGCUCAAACCUUGGCAGUGGCACCAGCAGCAGUUUGAACUUGAGCAGGGACGUAGUGCAACGGAGCCUGGUGCUCUUUGUCGUUGGCACUUUCCUCGCCCUGGUGCUGAACUUGCUGCAGAUCCAGAGGAACGUAACACUCUUCCCCGAGGAGGUCAUUUCUACAAUCUUCUCCUCUGCUUGGUGGGUGCCCCCUUGCUGUGGAACAGCAGCAGGUAAGUCACCAGACUAAACUUUAGUUGUUUGGGAAUCAUUGUGGAAAGAAGGCAUUGGCAGUUCUAGACAUUGGAUUGUAUUUUGUCGCUGGGUGGUAUUUGAGACCCGCAACUUGCUGGGGUUUGCUUCUUGAGUCUGCUGCACUCUUUUCAGGAUUGGCCAUGACUUAAGAGUCUGCAUGCUUUGUUAAUGCCAUCUAGCUGCUGAGCAAAUUGAGAGAACAAUCGGAUUAAGCAGAAGCAUGUUGUCGUCUAGGAAAGAGCAGGGAUGUAUAGCAGGUUACUUUCGUGGGCUGAUGCUGCUUUAAGAGUUGGCACUGUGGUUAGCCCUGGAAUUAGGGAAGAGUUUCCUCCAAGCUAUUGUCUGUCAAAGUUUUAGCACAGGAGCUUGCAUGACUCAUCACCACUCUCUGCCUUAUGAUUGGUUCCCUUUUGAAACUGGUGAGUCGCAUGUUCUCGCUCCUAUUGGUUGCCUGCCUUAACAUGCCACAUACUUGAAUCAAAAACAAGGAAGUCACAUGUUGCGGCAGCAGAGGAUGGGAAGUGAAGCUUGGCUAGCUGCCUGUUCUGAGAGCAGCUGCAGCAGCUUCAUUUGCCAGCAGAAAUGUAAGGGGAUUUCCUCCUGCACCGCCCCCCUGCAAAAGCUGUAGCAUACCUAGGACAAAAUGCUUAGUUAAAAUAGAAAUCUUUUUUGUUAUAUAAAGAAGCAGAACAAAUAGCUGAAUGUUAAACAACUCCUGCUGCUAACUACACAGUGGCUUCAAAUGGCACUAUAGGGGAGCAUUAAAACACAGCUGUAUUCUAUUAAGUAGAAUGUUGCAAUGCUUGGCAGAAAUGUUAGAAGUGUAAACAUGAAUCUUUAUGUUGGUAAAACUUUUGAAGAGAGCAACACAGAAAAGAGACGAAGGAGAAAAGCCUAAAUUUAUCAAGCUACCCCAAAAGUUCUUCAUGUCAUGGAUACUUUAGCUGAGAUUCCUGCAUUGCAGGGAGUUGGACUAGAUGACCCUUGAGGUCCCUUCCAACUCUACAGUUCUAUGAUUUUUAAUCCAAUGAAGGUUUAUCCCAAUCUCAGAAAUCUACUGGCUACUGCCAUUCCUUUUGAUUACUGUCUGAAUUCGAUAUGUUAUUUUCUGGCAACAUAAAAUUUAGUUUUCUAGUAAGUUUCUGCAGUACAAAACAGAGCUCUUGCCAGUGCAGGUGACACCUGCCCCUUUGGCUGCAGGUGUUGCUCUGGAGCAGGAUAUAUAUGUAUGUGCUUCUCAAAACGGGUGGCUUCAGUUUUAGCCACCUCUCUGCAUCAUGAGUAAAGCAGUGAACUUCAGAUAUGCUACACAGAAACAGCCAGUGUUUGUCCCACAGUAUUGUGUGCCCUCUGAAAUGAAACAAAACCAAGUUCUAGCCCAGGUGUCGCCAACCUAAGGCCCAUGGAGGCCGUUUAACCGGCCCACAAGCCACCCCCAAACGAAGCUGCCCUUUCGGCCAGCCCCCGUGCGCUGCGGUAACUAGCACAGCACGGGGACUAUUCCACGGCACCAGAAAUCACUUCUGCGCAGGCUCGAUUUUCGGCAUCUGGGCAUGCACAGAAGUGAUUUCCGGCGCCGCUGACAUGCGCAGACGUGAUUUCCGGCAUCGCACUGCGCCGGUCCGGCCCACGGAGGAUCUCCGUGGGAGUGAUCCAGCCCAUGCCCGGUAAGCCUUGCCGACCCCUGUUCUAGCCUGUAUAUUAACUGCUGUCACUCAGAGGCCAGUUGAAAUGGACUUAACCUUUUAAUAUACAGUGGUACCUCGCAAGACGAAUGCCUCGCAAGACAAAAAACUCGCUAGACGAAAGGGUUUUUUAUUUUUUGAGCUGCUUCGCAAGACGAUUUUCCCUAUGGGCUUGCUUCGCAAGACGGAAACGUCUUGCAAGUUUAUUUCCUUUUUCUUAACACCGUUAAUACAGUUGCGACUUGACUUCGAGGAGCAAGUCAUAGAACGCGGUGUGGUAGCCUUUUUUGAGGUUUUUAAAGACUUUGGUGAUUUUUGAAGCUUUUCCAAAACUUUCCCAACACCGUGCUUCGCAAGACGAAAAAAAUCGCAAGACGGCAAAACUCGCGGAACGAAUUAAUUUCGUCUUGCGAGGCACCACUGUACAGUGGUACCUCGGGUUACAUACGCUUCAGGUUACAGAGUCCACUAACCCAGAAAUAGUACCUCGGGUUAAGGACUUUGCUUCAGGAUGAGAACAGAAAUCGUGCUCUGGUGGUGCAGCGGCAGCAAGAGGCCCCAUUAGCUAAAGUGGUGCUUCAGGUUAAGAACAGCUUCAGGUUAAGAACAGACCUCUGGAACGAAUUCAGUACUUACUUAACCCAAGGUACCACUGUACUCCUGUUGUUGUAACUAAACAUGUAGAGCAAUAGUUCUGUCUGGCAUUAAGAGUUUCCAGCCCAGCAUCAGUUGGCCAUGUUGAUAAGGAAACUCUUCAUACUGGGGAAAAACACUGUGGGAAAAUAGCUUUAUGUGUGGCAGUGAGUGGGAACCAAGUCACCUGAUGAGGCUAUUUAAGCAGCUGCUGUGUGUGUUGGCAGCUUACCAGGUAGUAUUGGGCUCCAACUUCCAUCAGCUUUACUAGCAUGGCCAGUGAUCAAGGAUGUUGGGAGGUGGAGUUGACCAACAUUUGGAGGGCCACACAUUAGGCACCCCUGGUGUACACUGUCCUGUAACAAUCUGAAUGACUGGAAUGAUUGGAAGCAACUUCUGCUAAUAAAAACUGGCUGGUUGCUCUAGAAUGCAUUCUUCAGUGAUGCCUACAGCCAAUAGUUUACCUGUUAACUAGCAAAAGUGCUGUGGAAGUCAAAUGCCUGAACUUUGAAUUUUUAAAAAAAUCAUUAGUACUUAAAUGUGUUCCAUGUGGAUAUAUUUUUCAGAGGAAGGGGGGUGUAUGUGUGAAAUAUCUGUAAUAAAAAGUCAGAAGAAAUUUGGGCUCUUGGUCUAGGCAGCUAAUUAUUACUGUUAAAAUAUUGAUUCUGCUUCUACCUGAGGCUUACAUUUUCUACCAAGGAACAGAAACAAACUUCUUUUUAAUAUAAGCAGUGUAGUAUAUACAGGAAGAAAUGAGUUCCUUCUGUAACUUUAAGAUUCAUACAUGUUCCACCAUAGUCCCACAUCUUGAAGCAUAACGUAAGAAUAUGUGAAACACUACAAUUUGUGAAAUAUCAUUAGCAGACACAACAGUAGGGAAAAUGGGUUCUAGUCUGCAAAAGACAUUGGCAUGUGCUGAAUAGAUUUAUAUUUACAACAGCUUGGAUAUUAAAACUGUAUGAACAAUUUCUCCUUUUUCUUUUACAGCUGUUAUUGGCCUGCUGUAUCCCUGCAUUGACAGUCAUCUUGGUGAGCCUCACAAAUUCAAGCGAGAAUGGGCCAGUGUUAUGCGGUGUAUAGCAGUCUUUGUCGGCAUUAACCAUGCAAGUGCUGUAUCCUUAGAAUGAUGUGAUUAAUGUCCAUAUCUGGUAUAAUUAUAAUGGAAUUUAUUUUUAAAGUUCUUGUCAGUCUAUACUUGACCAACUUCAGCCGAAAUGUGGAGAAAUUCAGCAUGAAUGUGGAGAAAUGACUGCAUUUUGAAAUCCUUAUUUCUGGACUUGUGCCUCUAGAAUAGUCACUUGAAAUGGAUUGUGUGUCUCACAGCAAUGUCCUGUACUAGGAAAUGCUUUGAAGGAUCUGGGAUAAGGCUUCUUGGACUGUCACAAAGAAACCACUUGUCUGCCUAUAGUGAGACAAGGGCUUGAUAGUGGCAAGUAGGACAUUGCUGAUUGUAUCAGCUGCAUUUGCUGUUCUUAGGGCUGCAGCUGCUGUUAACACAAAUUUCUCCACUAAGGUAGCUAAAAGGUCCUGAGGAUUAGGGUGGUUUAUAAGACACAUAAAAAAUUAGUAGUGCUGUGAGUAAAAGGAGAUUUAAAAUAAAAGAACAGGUGGUAGCCAACUAAAUUUUACUCAGAGUAGACCCACUGAGUAAUCCUUUCCAUUAGUUACUCAGAUGAGACCCUAUGUUAAGUGUGUCCAUUAAUUUCAAGUGGGUUUACUCAGAGUAAAACUUAGUUUGCUACAGCCCAGCUUGUUUAACAGAAUAACAGAUCUGGGAUGUUGGGAUAGAAUUAGAUUGUCACAGACUCCACUCAAUCGGUGGUCUGAAUUUUUCACACACACAAAUCCUCACUUGUUAGUAGAGUCGAGUAGGGCACAUGCAUGAAUAUGUAGCAUUUGCCUUUUUCUCAAAUAAAGCUUGUUAGUGUUUUUGCACUAGCUUCUCCUUCAGAUAUGCCCCAGGAGUUCACUUUGAAUUUCAUUACAAGAAAAUUAGCACCUUAUUUGAAGAGGUACUAAUUUACUUGCAAUGGUCCUCGUUAUAUCUUGACAGAAGCUGUGGGAAAAAUUGUCCCCUGCAGGCUAAUGGUACCCAUUUGCUACUUUUGACCCUUGCUUGAAGUGAUUUUUGCAUUUGUAUACUGCAUAUACAGGUAUACAUGUACAAAAGAGGAAUGUAUGCAACACAAGAGACAAAUAAAAUGUGAAAGGGGUGAUGGUGUAGACACCAUCUAACAGCACUGAAGCAGAAAACUAAAUCUGGCUAUGUCUGAAGAUUGUUAUGAUGAGCAAGAAGAAACUUGUCAGACUUCAAGGCUGCAGAAUUUUCCUUAACUUUCUUCUUAGAAAUUGGAUUUUGCAAACAAUAUCCAACUCUCUUUGACCCUGGCAGCUUUGUCACUGGGUCUCUGGUGGACAUUUGAUCGUUCAAGAAGUGGUCUUGGUCUUGGAAUUACAAUAGCUUUUGUAGCUACUCUGAUUACACAGUUCCUUGUCUAUAAUGGAGUUUAUCAGUAAGUAUCCCAUCUUGUGACUUUAAAUUGUCUCACUAUUUUAAAGUAAAAAUUAGUUAAAUUUGACUUGCAUUCUUAAGCAAAGGUGUGUGCCCACUCUGCUGCUAAAAAAUGAGAGUUAUAAGCCACUCUGUCUUAAUGAUAUUGUAAUCUUGUACAAGGCAGCAGCACACUGUCUUUAUGCUAAGUGGUUGGAUCAGUUUAAGCUUGAUUCUAGGUGUGUUCCAUUGAGAAAAUAGGAAAGAAACGUUUGUGCAGAGAAGACAUGAAUUGUACAAUUUCUAUCCCUCUAAGCAUUCUGUAAGCUUUCCCUAUUUACACAGCAUGAGACGUUUAAUCCCUUUCACCACCCCUGUGGUAAUAAUACAGGAUGUGACUGUACAAAUAGAACUGUAUCUUCUACAAUCAGAUAUUUAAUUCUGCUGACAAAAUGUAAGAUGGCAGUAUCGAAAUUCACAGAACUACCACUUGUUCCAGCAUAGCUAAGUGUUCAUAUUAAAAGACAAACCUUGUUGCACAGAUAUUAAAACUGCAGGCAUGUCUCACUUUCUUAUAUCUUUCUUUAGGUAUACAUCCCCAGAUUUCCUUUACAUCCGGUCUUGGUUACCAUGCAUAUUUUUCUCGGGAGGUGUGACUGUAGGAAACAUAGGACGGCAGCUAGCUAUGGUAAUUAUCAUACAAUCUGUGUUUAGCCGUUUUUAAAAGGGAAAUUAAGUUGAUGAGUGUUAAACCUGUAUGCAGGACAUGUUAUUUGGUGACUAAUAAGAGUAACUGGUACUUUACAAGGGCGUGACCUACGUGACCUGAAGUACAUCAUCCUAGCCUUGGUCUUUUGGGUGCAUGGGAACCAACUCCAGGGGACCAUGGGUGUUUGAUCACCCACAAUAAUAUAAUUGUGGGGACCUGGCACCCACAAUGUCAAUGAGAAAAGGUGGCAGCAGUGCUGCCUCCAAGAGAGAAGCAGUUCAGUUCCACCCUCCGCAGCCAGCCAGCAAGGCACCCUUUUCCAGUGGGGGAAGCUCAGGAGCGAAGGCAGAGUCUCUCUGCCCCCAAGUCCGAGCCCCUCCCCGCAGAAAAGGGUGCCUUGCUGGCUGCAGAGGAGAAGGAAGAGGAGCUGCCGCCCACCACAAUGUGGAUGUGCAAUGUCAUACACACACACCUGCACAUAGUGCACGCGACAUCACAUGCACUACAUGCAGGUGUGUGCGUAUGACAUUCAACAUCCACGUUGUGGUGACAGGUACCCACAUAUCUGGCUCCCAUAUCCUUACUCCAGAGGCAUGCAGUAACAAAAGGCAAAUGUCAGGGAGGGCAGUGAUGGUAAGUCUCUUCCCCAUUCUCCUGGAAGUACCAACUGCUGGUGCAGGUUUAGCUUGUUUACAAGAAUGCAGUUAAGUUUCAGCAUAAUGUUAAACAUUAAACUGCAAUAACAUUUUUGGUUUUGACCACAGGGUGUUCCUGAGAAGCCUCACAGUGACUAAAUAUUUGGAUCUGCACUGAAGGCAGGCGAAGAUCAGUUCUUGAAUCUGAACUAGAAUUUUUUUCUUCUUGAAUAACCUGCGUGAGCUUCCUGCGCAAAUGACUGGUGAAAAGAUGCUUAUUCACCUUAGAGCGGCCAAGAGGUUACCUUGAUGUUUUUUCCUAGAAGCCUCUGGGUUUGACUGUUGUGUGGGAGAAGUCAGUACAGACAUAAUGCAUAGCAAGUCCAUUCUUGGUGGCUAUUCUCCCAAGUGCUAGGUUCCUGUUGGAAGUCAUUGAACCAGCUGCCAUAUUUCAAAGCCUUGAAACAAAACUUAUAAUUACAAGCUUUGUACAAGUGCCCAAAGAAAGUUGGUUGGUGCUGAAAUGUGGAGUACAUGGAUGGGUUUAAUAGGAAUAGUAUUUAUCAAAAUGUCCUUUUAACAUAGGGUUGCCUUAAAAUGAAGGCGAUUAGAGUAAAAGGUACAAUCCUUCAGAUGUUGUACGAAGGAAUAAUAACUAUAGGCACAAAUCACAGUUCCCUUGGAAAACAUUCUUUGCUUUCUCCACUGAAAUAAAGGAGAGAGGUGUAAGGAACUCUAUUUCAGUGUGCUUUGCACAGGAGUACUUAUCCGAAGUGCUUUGAUUUGUGGUUUUUGAAAACCUGUUCUCCUUGGAAGUGGGAAGCAAACUAUCUUGCAGACAGAAAAGCAAUAGGUCUGUCAGCUGCUUAUCAAACUGAUAGUGUGGUCCCUUACCACUACCCUGCUAUUGGAUACACACAGCCAAAAUUGAUUUUUGCUCAGUAAUGUAUGUCACUGCAACUCUGUUGGGCAGGCCCUCAAGUGACUUUACUGAUAAGCCUGUCCUCGGAGUGUUACACCAGCCUAAGAGGAGGGCAUUCCUAUGUGAUUCCUGUUAAACUAUAUAGCAACUGGACUAGUUUCAGGGCCCAAGCAGUAGAGGCCAUGACAGGUGCAGAGCAGGCCAACAGUGUUACUUAAGGCUUAUCUUAAAUUAUUUUUGCUUUACAGUGUGUUUUGGAGCAGAUCACUGCUUAGUGUUUUGUUUUUCGCAACCCUAUAGAACUUGCAAUCUGUGAUUGCCUUGUAAGGAAGAGUGCUUGUCACUACAAUACACAUUGGGUGUUUCUUAGUAGUUUCAUGGUGAGCACAAUAUUCAUUCAAAUAACAUAGACAACAGCUGACCUAAUGUAAAGUGCAAUGUACAGUUGAGAGAAAUCUGAGCCUUGUUGUCUCCUCUUUAGUAUUUCUUGGUGAUAUUGAAGAAGAGUUUUGGACUCAUUUCAAUGCUGCAUGGAGGCAAAAAUCAGCAAUAAUUUAUCUAGUAAUGCUAGUUUGUAUCGUCUACUAAACCCUGGUCUUAAAAGAAAUACUCCAGUCUUGUAGAUAAGGUGUACAACUGGAACUCUUUCUGACUAUUUUUCUGUAAUAGGCAGUUAGACGUUCUUCUGUUUUAGCUUCUUGCGGCUUCUCAUUUGUUUAGAUUCUAAACUGAGUCUAAAAAAAACCUUCCUCCAGUUUAUGUUCAAGGAAACCUCCUCAAAAGCAGUGUUUCUCAAACUGUUUGAACUCUGGUCUCUUUCUUAAUUGUCUGCACCUUCCAGGUCCCCCAUCCUACUGAUAGCCCUUGGAUCUUUGGUAUGUGGGUGUACAGAAUCCUUGUACACAGCAAUAUAGAUGCAUCUUGUUGCUGUGGUUCUAAGGUUCUGUGAUUGGGGUAGUAAUGCUGGCUUUUGAAAUGACUAAACAUAUUGGACUCCCUCCAAAAACCAGGCAUCUGGUGAGGAGCUGUCUCUGUUCCAAAACUCCCAUAUAUUGCCUACUAUGUGGUAGCGUCCAUGGUUACCAUAGCAGUUGACUGCCACACUAUGCUCUGUUGCUGGGAGGAAAGUGGUUCUAUCUGCUGCAAUAUAUUUUCCCCACUCUGGAAUUCCUCCCACCUCUGGUGUGUUGUGCCUUCUCGGGAGCAUAGUUUGAGAAUCAUUGUCCAAAAACUCUAGGGAUGCUUAGAAAUUAACUUCAGGGGCUUAUGGGUUUGUAAAAGCCUACUGCAAAGGAAAGGCAAGAUUUUCAAGCUCUGAAAUUCUUCUCCUGAUGGGAUUAAAAUUCAAGCUAGAGGAGAAUUGUUUUUAUAUUUCCACUAGCCCUUACAGUGCAGCAUUCCUCCAGAGAGUUACACCUUUCAUAGUCCCCUUGCACACUGCAAUCAGAUAUACAAGAUGACAGAAGGAGAGAGGUAAGAGAACAACUUUCCCAUCUCGUUGCACACAGGAGUUCAUUUCAGAUCAUCUUGUAGGUGAGCUAAGGAGUGCUCAUUCAACUCUAUCUGAAAUAUUUUUGGAAAAUGCUAAAAAAUGUUAGUGGUUUCUUUGUUCUUAAAGGGGAGAUAGGGAAGACUUGAAGCAGUAAGGUACAAACUACACUGAAGGACUUUUAUUACAGUCUGUGGUAUUACUGAAUAAUAAAUUGCAGCCUUUAUUGGUUUUUAAAAGGUUUGGGGAAACCCUUUCUUUACCAAUCUAAAUAGUCCAAUAAUGUUUCUCAAGUGAAUAUACCCACGUGAAAAUGUAUCUGCAAGACAAAAGCCACCGUAUUCUCUAAGUUUAGUUUGAGAUACUGUGGCACAGGAGGCAAAUAACUACUUUUCCAUGUCAACACCUUAGUACCCCAUGUAACUAAAGAGGACAAUUGUAACUGUAAAUAUGUAAUCAAGAAAUCAAUAAGUAUUUUAUUUGUAAAUUGGUGUUUUGACAAGACAGCCAAAAUAUACACUAGAAGUUCAAUCUUGCCAAUACUUGUAAGUAUCUGAACCAAAGUGAUCAGAAUUUGUGUUAUAUGGAAAAAUAUGCGUUGGGGGAGAAUUGCACUAUUCUGGGUUGGAAUCCUUUGAUUCUCAGACUCGGUAGUUUUUUUCAACAAUGUGUGUGAGUGGUGGUUUUUUAAAAAAAAGAAAUUAAAGGUUUCAAACAACCAUUUCUGUCUUUUGUUUACUUAGAUAUUAUAAUCCUUUUGAAUGACAGCAAUGAAUGAUCUGACUGGGGAAAGUGCUAAAACUUAAAUAACUUGUCUCAAACACUUCAUUUUAACUGCCUUUUCAGCUGUGAAGAGGCAGGUAGCUCCACAAUUAGCAUUCUAUCAAGCUAUCGAAUGCCAUGCUCUACAUCUUUAUCCAAACUGAGGCAGUUUAGUUAUGUACAAAAUUCUUACUCAGAUGCCCAAGGAUAGUCUUUCUAUCUCAUAUUGGCAUCUAACUUAUGUACAGUGGUACCUCGGUUUAAGAACAGUCCUGUUUACAAACAAUUUGGUUUACGAACUCCGCAAAUCUGGAAGUAGUGUCGAGGAAGAGUCCAUGGAGGCUAUCUUCCUUAUGGAAGCAAGCUGCGUGUCUCACCAGGCUAAAUAACCCAGUGGUGCUGGCUGCCAGGUAUCUGUCCAAAUAGCAUCUUUCUGAGUUAGCUAUUCUUGCCCCAUCAGCUAGGAGCACCAUACUGCCAUUACUUAAGGAGGACUGGCUUUCUUGAACAGCUAGAAAGAAAACUCACUUUCCACCACUGUUGGAAAGAAGUUUUAUAUUCAAGUGCUGAUGGAGGCCAGUGGACACAAGAAGGCAAACAUAGGUAACUGAGUUUGAACAUAUACACACUAGCUAUGGCAACAAAUGAUGCUUUAGACCAGGAAUAGAAAAGGCUAUAGCCUUCCUAACUGAAUGGUUUAAGGAAACAGUAGGCCAAGGCCAGAUGGCCUAACCAAUACCAGUCUCCAGUGGGAGGAACCUGUGGCCCUCCAGUUGUAGGACUGCUGUUGCCAUUUCUGAUCAUUGGCUCUGCUGCCAGGGGCUGCUUGAAGAUGUAGUCCAGCAAUAUCUAGACGAAUGUGUCCCAAAGAAAAAUUAAAACCAGCCUUAAACAGGUGUGGAUCUGACUCUUUCUAGCCUGUCCAUCUUGGUUUUGUCAAAUACUUUUUACACCCUGAAAAGCAUUUGUUGUUUAUGAAGUUCACAACUGGUGUGUUUAUGAACUUAAAAACCUUAGUUGGCAUACAGAGCUUUGUCUUUGAACAACACCUAUUAAAGGGCAACCCAACAAAAUGUAUUCUGGCCCUCAGAGGUGUUUUCGCUAGCCAUUUAUUGCAAGAAAGCCUCAGUGCUGUUAUCUCAUUGCCAUUCUGAAGAAUAUUGUAAUAGCCUGUGGAUAUCAUAAUAGCAGGUUGCCCCUUCUGACUGAGCAACUGAAAUGGUAUGCCCUGCAGUUUCUUAUAUUUGCCUGUAGGGUUAACUUGAUAAAAAUGAAGGGAGACCUUUUGUCAUGAUGAUUCUAAUGUUUCUUCAGCUUGCAAGAGCUCCCUCUGGUGACUAAUUGAGUCCAUGUCAGCUUGAAACAUCUACAGAGAGUUUGAUCCGUGCAAAAGUUCUUCAUUCCCAAAAUAUAAAGGGAAUGCUUUCUUUAACACAGUUAACCAUGCAGAGUCCUUUUCAAUCUUUCUAGGCUUCCUGUUCAAUGUAAAGCUUUCUCCAUAACUGCCAUUCUAGAAAAUGUUUAACCUGUUGGAUUCUUGUCUCCCGCAUAGCUGUUUGAAACAGAGAAAGUGCAGUAAAGAAGGGGAAAUGGCAGUUCAUUAGGAUCCUAGGGCUUCCUGUCACAUGGUGCCCAAAGAACUCAUACAAAAUCUGUCUUCUGCAAAGCACACAAUGCUAAUCCCUUUAUUUUUCAACCAAAUGGCUCAGACAAAAACAUACUAUCAUGAAAACCUCAAGUAUGAAUAGCUUUUCUCCUCUCUCUCUCUCUCUCUCUCUCUCUCUCUCUCAGGACCACCAAACUACUGAAAUGUCAAUGUUUACAAUAAAACAUGAAAUGAAGGGGGGGAUUCCUAGCUGUAUAUAACCUAAUACUUCCAUGCUAUAGAGAUGAGAGAAUGAGUAUUGUGGUGUGACAGAGCCAGUGUGGCAUAGUGUUUAGAAUGUUGGACUAGGACCUGGGUUCAAAUCCCUGCUCUGCCAUGAAAUACACUGGGGGACCUUGGGCCAGUCACUGCCUCCAAGCCUAAGCUACCUCACAGACUUCUUGUGAGGAUAAUGUAGGGAGGCCCAAUUGUGCUGUGCUGAAGGGAUGUACCUGGCUGAAGACCCUAAUGCCCUUUGGCCUGGUGGUGCAGAAGUCACUGUGAGGACUGGAUUAGUCUCCCUUCACCUUUGCUGUAUAUCAGCAGCUGAACCAAGCCCAGCCCUAACUGAGCAAUCUCUUGGCCUGUCUGAAAAGUCUGGUUUUGAAAUUAAUUGCAAGUCACUGUGUACAGGUUUAUUACUUUAGCCCAUAAAGGGGGAAAAUAGCUGCUUAUUUCAAAGCCUGAAAGCAAGGGGCUUUACCUUGGAGACACAGGUAAAGAAGAAUGUGGCAGAUGUUGUACCUGCUGACUAAAUGCGUUUUAACGGAGGCCGUCUGGAAGCAGAAGCUUCAAUAGAAAGAAGUGAAUAGCAAACAUCUGGGAAAGAUUACAAAAGGGAAAGAUUUAUUCUGUACUGAGACUGCUAAUGGGUGGGGACUACCAGGGGAGAAAAAAUUAAUUGCUUCAGUAACUGAAUGAAAAAUUAAGUUUACUUCUACUUUGGGCUCUGGAAAAAAAUUAAAUGUUUGCAUAUUCUUCUCUGAUCUUUCUUGAAUCCAGAGGAAAUGUGUCUUGCUUCAUUGUACUGGUCAGUUGGAGAAGCAGCUUGAACACCUGGAGUGGGGAAGGAAAAUGUUUAAGCUCCAGUAUUCCUGAGCUGCCUCUCCAAAGGCAUCACAUGAACCCCAAACAUCCUAGAGGGAAAUGGGCCUGCGCCACCAAGGGCAUCAACCUGGUUUCUGGUGUCACUUUUAGCACCUGGCAAACACCUCCUGCUAUCCUGUGGUGGUUUCAGCUUACUGGCAAAUUAUGGAAGUAUAAAUGCCACCAAGCAAACAGCUGCUCACAUAGGAAUUCAGACAAUAUUCCCAAACACAUCCGAAGGGUAUCCCAGAGCUACUAACCAAACUUAAUUAUAGGCCUAUCAGCUUCUUGUCAAUGGCUUCAGAAAACAGAAGUAGGAAUUGUGAUACAGCCCCCCAUUGUUACUUAAGAUGGGAUGAAGUGAACCAUGGAAAUGGUUAACAGAUACUCUCCAGCUGUUGUUUUUUGGCUUUAUUUCUUGACUUUGUACCACUGGGUAGACCAGAGGUAGGGAAGCUAGGCUAUUUGUAUGCCAACUCUCAUCAUUCCCAGAGAAGGGGAUAAAACUUGGGUUGACUAGAUGGAUCCAGGGGGAUGCUUCAUUUGAGAAGGGAGCAGUACAAUCUCCCUUGAAGGAGGCAGUCGUGCAUCUCCUCCUUAAGUAGACUUCCCUGAGAGUUAGGAACCUGGCCCUUGAUCUGUAAAGGUUUUUCCACCCCUAGUAUGUGGCAUUUGGAUGGUUCUGGGUAAUGGUCAUGGCUAUAGCCCUAAAGAGAGCAGUCCUCCUUGACUGCAAGGAGGUCAAGAUCUUACCAAGAAUAAUGAUUCCUGCUGCAUGGCUGGGCUCUUUUCUCCACAACCACAUGACAAAAAUGACUUUGAGUGCCUCAAGAGCACAAAAGCCACUGGUUGCCUUUCUCCAGUCAUUAGGAUGGUUCCUUGCUGGCUGGGGGAAGCACUUUGC